AUGAUCAGCCCGCCACUUAAACACGGCCAUUUCCGUGAGUCGUGUCGAGGUUCCACCACCCUUUACUUAGAGCCAUCACAUCCCAGCUUUCCCAUCCCCUUCUCUAUUGACACCGCAGUUUUUGUACGACCGCGACUCGGAGAUGAAGGCUCCAAGGGCAUGUUGGCAAUGCCGCCAAUCAAAACGCAAAUGCUCCAGGCGUGGGCCCUGCCAGCCCUGUGUCCCGUGCCAGCAAAGGCAGCUACAGUACGGCUGUCUUCGACCCUAGAACAAGGUAGCAGACAAGACUCCGUGAACUCCGAUGACCAGGGGCGGACGCAUCGUCGCACCUCCAGCGAUGGGGCGGAGCUGUCUCCGCAUCUGGCAAUACAGCUUGUUGAGCUUUACAUCGAGGAGAUUCAUGAUCGAACCCAGAGUAUUUUUCAUGCGGCGACACUCAGGGCCAAAGUAAAGAAUGACGAUAUAAGCAGUGCGCUACUGUAUGCCCUUUGUGCCAUGGGAAGUAAAUUCUGUGCAGAUCCCGACAGGGCCGGUCUUGAAGCGCGUCUCACAGAGGUGGCGAAACACUUACUACAGGCCGAUCUAGAGAAUAUCUGCGUUGAAAAUAUACAGACCUGUAUGAUACUAGCAAGCUUAAGUGCUGGCAAUUGUCGGAUCCAAUCUCAAGCGCUCUAUCUUCGCAUCGCUAGUAGCAUGGCCGAGAUCCUACGCCUCCACUCGCCAUACACCAAUUCUCCAAUAAUUCAGCAGGAAAUAUCACGCAAGAUAUGGUGGUCACUCUACUUUGCAGACCGUUUGUGCUUCUCCGGCCUCGGUCUCCGUUGUCGAAUAGAGAAUGUUGACAACCACUGUACCUUGCCUAUGGAUGAACUUAUAUUCCGCUCUCUACCCCCUGAUAUUGAGCAAGGUUCGAUACUUACAUGGAAGCCCGGCAUAUGGGCCCAAUUAGUCAAGCUCUCUCAUCAUCUUGUGCCAAUUGAAGACCUCAACCGCCGCGUUGCGACCGGGGUCAAGGAUGCUAGCAAAAUGGACCUUGAGUUGGAAAGCCUUAAGCACCAACUGGAGGCGUGGAGUCGCCUUCUCUCCCCAGAGAUGCAGAUGUCGAUUCAGAAUGUAAUCAGACAAGAGCAAAAUGGUUUUGGCGGAGCUUUCAUUACGCUGCAUCUCACAUAUCACCACUUCUCGACUCUGCUCUACUUUCGCUUCCUCGAGGGUGGGCAGUGUUCAUCGGCGGACAGUUCCGGGUACAUCACUCUUUGCAAACAUCACGCUUCAUCUUUUAGCAGCCUACUUCACUUGUCUCGCCAGAUGAAGGGCUGUAGAGCAAACUGCCCCACGAUUGCCCACAUGACGGCUGUGUCCUCUUCUGUUUUGGUACAUAGUCUUCUAUUUGAUGAACCAGAAGAUCUUCACACGGCCCGUCAAGAGCUCAAGACAAACUUUGAGGCGCUAAUAGACCUUCAGAAUUACUGGCCCGCGACGGAAGCGAUGGUGAACGCCGAUCCUGUCCCAAUAUGA